AUGGAUGGAAUUCUAUCCAAAACGCAAAAGCUGCUGUGCGAUUACUUCGAAAACCUGGGUCAUUCGGUAGCUCUUAAAAUGUUCGACAAAAAUUUAUUGCACAUGGGCGACCUGCUCGUAAAGAGCAAAACCGACAGCAAAUUGCAUGUGGACGAACAAGCCCUCAUAGUGGCCAGCAAAUGUUGGCCUCUUCCGAUUGUGUCCAUCUCGAUCGUGGAGAACGGUGCACAUAUUUGGUUUGAUCGCGCCACCGCAUUUCGAGUGGCUCUUACGCUCAAGGAGUGGGAAUUGGAUGCAAGUACAACGAAUGGAGAAAAAGUUUACAUCGAAGAACCAACCACCGACGAAUGUGACACCAUUUCGAUGGGAGAAUUCCGGGCCAACAUCUUGAGGAAGACCAUCAAAAAUUGUUUCCUGCACGGUGGCUACAUAAUCGUUGAGAAGACUGACCUAAACGACAACGAGAUGCCUUCCGACGUUACGCAUGUAAAGGUCGUUCAUCAAAGGAACAAAUCAACACCAAACCCGUACGUGGCGGUUCUGUGUGGAGCUGUACUGACGGGGAAUGAGAUACAGAAUGCGGCACAGUAUAUUCAGCUGCGUGCAGAUGAAAUGCACCUGACGGCACUACAUCGCUACGGUUUGCGCAUACCCGAUGCUGUUAAGCUACAGGAGCUUGUUAAGAGCUUGGGACGUUCCGCGGCCAUAGUAGAUAUGCUGCAAACCAAGCAUGCCAACGUGAUUGAUAUGCGCACUCAGCAGGAGAUAAUGCGUAACCAUUGUACAUCGAAGGGGGCACCCUUCAUACUGUAUAAUUAUGCACGGUUGGCCACGAUUCUGAAAAAGCAUGCCAUACUGGUGGAACAGGAUGUGCAACUGGACAUACCUCCCGUGCAUGAGAUAAACUUUUCGUUGCUCGUCGAACCGGAAGAAUGGCAGUUGCUGUACGCGUACCUGAUCCGCUUCCCGUACGUAGUCCGAUUAACGAUCGGCUAUGGAAAGUCCCCUCAAAUCGCCCCGUACCACAUGUUAAGUUUUACCCUAUGCUUGAUUAAGUGCCUCAGCAAAUACUAUCGUAGAGUGAGAAUUUUGACCGAAAACAGACCCAGGCUGCAACCGGUAAUGUUUGCCCGUUUGUUUUUAAUACGGGCGGUGUUCGACAUGCUGAAGGUGAUACUGAAUAUAUUUGAUUUGGAACCGGUUGAAGAAAUGUAG